GUUACAUAGAGCGUAAAGUUCUGUGCGUAGAUGAUGUUUGGAUUUUUCGUUUGUAAUCCAAUAAAUAUGAUUGCAGUGACAGUGGUAAAAAAAUGAUGGAUACUCCGACGCACAUUAAUGUAAUGAUUAAUAGUACUGUUAAUGACAUUGUUGACAAUUGCGUAGACGAUGAAGAUGAUGAGGAAAAGUUGCUGAAACCACGAAACAAUUUUGCUUCAUACUCUAACAGAGAUGUCAAUGUUAGAUUUCGAAGUGUCACUUCUAACCAUGGCUAUCUCUCAUCACAAAAUAUUAUGGAAACAGUUUCCAAUAAUCCAAGAAGAACUAAUACUGGAGAAAUAUUUCCUGGUGCUACUAAUUUCUUAUCAACUAAUUAUGAGAGUUUAGAUUAUGAUCCCUGUGAGAAUCAUCUUCUUCAAGAUGAAGAAAGAAAAAAAGGCUACAAGUUUGUAGUUAAAAAAAAUUUUGCCAGAUGGUUUAUUUUCUUAUUAAUAGGUAUUUGCACAGCACUUACAGCUAGUUUUAUAGAUAUUUCUAUAGAACAAUUAACUAAUAUAAAGUAUAGAUGUCUCCAAUAUUAUGUAAACCAUUGUGUGGUAUCGAAUUGUUUAUGGCUGCCAUAUUUAUUAUGGUUAAGCCUAAAUUUUUUACCUGUUUUAAUAGGUGCUAUUUUAGUAUCCUAUGUAGAACCUGUUGCAGCUGGUAGUGGUAUUCCACAGGUGAAAUGUUAUUUAAAUGGAAUUAAAAUACCUCGAGUUGUUCGUAUUAAAACAUUAGCAGUAAAAACAAUAGGUGUAAUUUGUACAGUAGUGGGAGGUCUAGCUGGUGGGAAAGAAGGACCUAUGAUACAUUCUGGGGCUGUGAUAGCAGCAGGAAAAAAACGAGAUUUCGUAUCAGGAGGUGCAGCUUCUGGUGUGUCUGCUGCAUUUGGUGCACCAAUUGGAGGUGUAUUAUUCAGUAUUGAAGAAGGAGCUAGUUUUUUUAAUCAGAGUCUCACAUGGAGAACAUUUUUUGCCAGUAUGAUUACAACAUUCACUCUAAACAUCAUCCUUAGUACAUAUCACGGACGACCCGGUGAUCUUUCUUAUCCAGGCUUAUUAAAUCUUGGAAAAUUUGAAACAAUCCUUUAUCAAGUUUAUGAAAUCCCUCUAUUCAUGUUAAUGGGAGCAAUUGGUGGGCUUUUGGGUGCUUGUUGGAAUUAUCUAAAUUAUAAAAUCACUUGUUUCCGUUUGAAAUAUAUAAAAAAAAAGUGGUUGAAAGUAAUAGAAGUACUUAUAGUUGCUGCACUAAGUGCAACAAUGGGAUUUACAAUGAUUUAUUUUCUGAGUGAUUGUAGGCCAUUAAGUGAGGAUUCCUCCAUGUUUCCUAUUCAAAUGUACUGUAAAGAAGGAGAAUAUAGUGCAGUUGCAGCUUUAUGGUUUCGAACACCAGAAAGUAGUGUACGAUCUCUGUUUCAUGAUCCCAAAGGUUCAUAUAAUGAUAUAACUUUAAUUAUUUUUGUUAUCCUCUAUUUUUUCUUGGCUGUUGCUACUUUUGGUCUGUCCAUGUCUAGUGGACUUUUCAUUCCAUCUCUAUUAAUAGGUUCUGCAUGGGGUAGAUUAAUUGGAUCAGGUCUUUCAAAACUUUUUCCAGAUUGUGUUGUUUUAUCCCCUGGAAAAUAUGCUUUAUUAGGUGCAGCUGCUCAAUUAGGUGGGGUGGUUAGAAUGACAAUAAGUUUAACUGCUAUACUCAUAGAAGCUACUCAAGGAAUAUCCUUUGGCUUGCCAGUUAUAAUAGUUCUUAUUAUGGCUAAAUGGGUUGGAGACUUUUUUAAUGAGGGAAUUUAUGAUAUCCAUAUACAAAUGGCUGGAAUUCCCAUAUUACCAUGGGAAGCCCCGCCAUUGUCAAACAACAUAUAUGCCAGUGAAAUAAUGAGUCACCCAAUAGUAACGCUAAAAUCUGUAGAAAAUGUAGGACAUAUAGUAGAACUUCUUAAAUGUGUAACGUUUAAUGGGUUUCCUGUAGUUGAUUCUCCUAAUAGUGAUGAGACCGAGAUACAUUCAUAUGGACGACUUCGAGGAAUAAUCUUACGUUCACAAUUAAUAGUAUUACUACAAAAUAAAAUUUUUAAUGAAUAUGCAGAAUAUUGGGAGAAGACCUUGAAUAUUAAAAUGUUCAGAAAAGAAUAUCCCAGAUAUCCAACAAUUGAUCAAGUAACCAUAACUGAGGAAGAAAAAACUUACAUGAUAGAUUUAAGGCCUUUCAUGAAUCCUUCUCCUUAUACAUUACAGCAUUCUGCAACAUUGCCACGAACAUUUAGACUAUUUAGAGCUUUAGGCCUUCGGCAUUUACCAGUAAUCAAUGAUAUGAAUGAGGUAAUUGGAAUUAUUACAAGAAAAGAUGUUGCCAGAUUUAGGAUAUGGAAACAUAGAGGAAGAAUGGGAUUAGAUGAACUUUUAAUUACUAAUAAAAUUUAA